AUGAAAGAGGAAAGAGAAACGAGUUUGACAGAUUUCCUCAUAAAUCUACUCCAAGUAAAAGUCCAUAACUUUGAAAAUAAAGUGAAUAACAGGAUAUAAACAACCUCAUUGACACGCUGGCUUACAAGCAUGAACUCAAAGCUGUAGAAGACAAGGUCUUCUUGCUAAGAACCAGAGUUGAGGCUGUUGAUUUUAUCCAAAAAGACAAUGACAAAAUCCAUAAGGAAACCAGAGACGGCUUAAAAUAAGAAGACUGACUUCUCUGACCACCUCAAGAACAGAAGUUGGCUCAAAAGUCAUGACAAAGAGCUUCAGCGGCUAGAAGCUAAGAUCAAUUCCUUCGUUAUGCGUAAAGAUAUUGACUUGAUAAACGAGUUUAAUGACAAACAGGCUCAAAAACUUGACAAUCUCUCAAAAGAAGUUCAUCUUGAAUACUGCAAAACAGGCACAAUGACCGAGAAAGUGGCUAAUUUGGACAAGUUUUUGAGGAAUAAUUACCUUACCAAAACAGUGGUUCACAAUAGAUUUACAAAAACAGAAACAGCUCAGACUAAAACAAAUUUUGAAAUAGUUAAAGUCAAGGAAAAUGCUGAUAAAAUUCACAGAAAUCUUAAAGACCUUAGCAACAUUACAGCAAGGAAGGCAGACAUCACCAAGAUUCUUAAAGACAUGGAAGAUCUAUGACAUUAUAGCGAUUUCGAUGCUCUUAGAGGCAAUGUGCUUCCUGCUCUCAAAGGCUUUGGAGAAACUGUAAAAACAUUAGAAAACGAUGUCAAAACCUACAGCCAAAUAAUGAACAGAUUCGACGAAGUUAUUUGCUCCAAAGCAUCCAAGAUCUCCCUUUCCAACCUAGAAAAUGAUAUGCAAAACUACGUACAUGGAGAAAAAUACAAGAGAGAUCAAGAUUUCUCCCAAGAUGUGUUUAACAGAAUUUACGAAAAGAUAGACGACUGUUACAAAUUCAUUUCCAAAACGGCACAAACUUCAGAAGAUAACAUAAAUACUCUAUUCAAUAAAGGGAUGGAUGAAAUGAAAUAAAGAGUUUAUGUCCUACCAUUCACCUGAGAACUUAGUUGAUUAUGGAACUUUCAACUCAGCUCUAGAUACAAAGGUAGAAAAAUCAGAUCUUGAUAAGCUUCUUGAAGGAAAGAGCGAUAUCAAUCAGAUGGACACCAAUACAAUAGCUUUGCAGGUCCUUCAUAAACAGCUUAAAAAUAUCGGCAUCCUUGUCUUUGAAAUCCUCAGAAAAGAAUUCAUGAAAUUUGAGGAGAGUAAAUAAAAUCAAAAAUUGAGCUAAAAGAGAAGCAAAGGAAAUUCUAGAGCAAGCUUCUAACAUCACCAAGUGGAUUAAUUGAUUUAACCCUCAAAAUGUUAACAAGGAAGAUUUCAUAAUUCCUAAUGAAACCAAAGAUAUACAAUUCAUUAACUUUAUUGACUUCAAACCUAAAAUGAGACUGAGAAAUAAACUAAGAGGCUCUGGCCUCGGCUUUGAGAGAUCAAGCAGGACCACAAUGGCAAAAGAAUUUAGGCACAAAAACCGUAGCGUCUCUCCUGAUACUAUGAAAAUUUAA